AGUAGUACUUCCUGUUAUCAAAAAUCUGUCAACAAAAAGCACUGUGUCAGAUAAUCAGUGAUAAUAGGUGUAUUUAAACAUGUAAACCAACAUAAGAUUGUUAUUUCUGUAAUGGGUCUAAUUUCGACAAUCAUUAUUCAUGAUAAAAAAAGAAGAUGAUUUGAAUGUGACAUGAGUCAGGUAUCUCGGACGGUGUGUAAAGAAGCCACACCCAGAUGUGGACAUGUUGCUGCUAGUUAUGGCCAGUAUAUGAUUGUAUGGGGUGGAUAUUCUUCAGAAAAUAAUUUUGAGUUUUAUCUGCCAGCUAAUGAAUUGUGGGUAUACAGUACAGAAAAUAACAUCUGGCAUUGUAUGAAAACUGACCCUCAACUAUGCCCUUUUGAACUCUCAGGGGCUUGUGCUUGUUGCUUUGGAGAUUCUAUGUAUGUAUUUGGAGGACACAACAGCUUUGGAAACAGCAAUGAACUAUAUCGACUAGAUUUAAAGACAUAUACAUGGCACCUUCUGGAAUCUGACCAAUCACCAAGUCCGAGAGAUAAAGCUGUAGCCUGGUUCUAUAAUCAAAAGUUUUAUUGCUUCAGUGGAUUUGGUCCAUCUAUAAGUGGUCACAUGAAAGUUAAUGGUGUAUAUGUUGAGGAUACAGAUAGUACUUUAUUUCCAAGGAGAGGAUGGAAUAAUCAGCUGUGUAUAUAUGACACAGUAAAUAGAGAAUGGACAAAUCCUAAGUGCAAGGGUGAUGUCCCUUUACCAAGAGCAGCCUCAGCAGCAGCUAAAAUAGUUUCUGUUGUGUUCUUAUUUGGAGGUCGACAUAAAACCACACGGAUGAAUGAUCUACAUUUUCUAGACUUAGAAACCUUGACAUGGUCGGGAGAGUUGAGAACAGUGGGUUGUCUUCCUUGUGGAAGGUCAUGGCAUACAUUGACUACACUACCAAAUAAUAGGUUAUUUUUAUACGGAGGCUUUGAUCAAAAUGAUACACCUCUUAGUGAUGGGUGGAUACUAGAUACUAUUACACUGUCAUGGUGCCACUUAGAUUAUCUGCCUUCAAACCAGCCACGUCUGUGGCACACAUCCACUUUAUCCACUGCUGGGGAAAUUAUUAUCUUUGGUGGCUGCUGCAAUAACAUUUUAGAUUAUUCUCUGGAAAAUAAAAUAAGUGGAGAAGUAUUGACAAUACAGCUACAGCCAUAUUCUCUACUCAGAUUAUGUUUAGAUGAUGUAUACCAAAGAAAAUCUCAUACUCAAGAAUUGUGGGAGGAGCUGCCUCAACCAUUGUGUCAAUGGUUAAAGGAUAAAAAUAAACUUGAACAGAUAUGUACCACUUAUGACAUGGACAGUGACAGUGAAGGUGAACUUGGGGUCAAUGAACCAGGUCUGGCAUGUUCUAUAUCAUAGCAACCAUUGUUUAAAUGGAAACAAACAUAGGAUGUGGGUGUUAUAAAUACAACAAGUAAAACAGAUGUCUUGCUGGUCUUACAUCAUGGCUAUUGAAUAAUAAUCAUGUGAUAAUUGGUACUUCAAUCUGUUCUGACGUGUUCUGAUCAUGUAGAUAAAAAUAAAGAUAUUAUUGUGAUCUCAGCUUAUCCUAUGGAAUUUUUUGUAUUGCCUAUCAUUCUAUUACUUAUUGAUUUUUUGUCAACUUAUAUUUGUUUUGCCUAACAGAAGUUCCCCUGGUAACUUUGUUAUAAACAAUGCCAUAAUAUCUGUACCUGUUGGAACAAGUAAUCUUUAUCCCUUUAAGGCUUAAUUCCCUUAUGGACAAAUACUGUAAUAUUUGUUCCGGUGGAAAUCAUAUUCAAGAAUUUUUAUUCCAAUUGGAAAUUUUAUUAUGUAGGAAUUUCUAUUUCAUGACAUUUGUACCAGCUCAGGCAUUGCUGGAAUAUUCAUUUUACUGAGUUACAUUAAAUUUUAAAAAUAUAAUCAUUGAGUCAUGUUCAGUUCUGCAUUUUAUAGAUAGAAGAAGAUGUGGCAUGAGUGCCAAUGAGACAACUCUCCAUCCAAGUCACAAUUUGUAAAAGUAAACGAUUAUAGAUCAAAGUACGGCCUUCAGCACGGAGCCUUGGCUCACACCGAACAGCAAGCUAUAAAGGGCACCCAAAAUGACUAGUUUAAAAGCAUUCAAACAGGAAUGUUCACAUCUUAAUGUAAUUUUUCAUUAAAUUAUGAGAUAUUUGUCUCUAUGGAUAUCUUUUUUUUCUUGAAAAGAAUGUCCCUCAGUUGCAUGGAGGUUAACACACGAACUAAUCAGGUGGAUUGAAUAGAUUUCAGUCUUUCCUGAUGAAAUAGUUUUCAAGGCAAUUGAUGAGAAAAAAAAGUCUUUGUGUUUUUAAGGAUAAAAAUUGAUAGGAAUGAUAUUGUUUUCUUUGCAGUAAAAACAUUGUAUUUUAAAGAAAUGGUUCCCAAUUUCAUGCACUGUUAACAUUAAUAUAUGUGUCAUUUAGCAUUUGUAUAUAAUGAUUGUACUUAUAUCUCUUUUGUUAUGAAUAUAUAUUUUGUAAAAGUA